AGCCAAAACUUAAAUGUAGAAAAGCAAAAAACCUAUGUAAAGCCCCAAUUCAAAAAAAACAAAAAACAAAAAUCUUGCAAGAAUCCAGAUUGAGUUGAGCUCAGCUGUGUGGCGCUUGCAAAUGGGGCGUUGGGUGGGCGGGCUUGUGGAAAGUGGGCAAACGAGGGGGGGAGGCGCAAAAUACCAAUAUGUUAAUUACGUAUAUGAAUUCUGUAUGUUGUGCUGAAAGUUACAUAUGUAUUUGCGUAAUGUGUGUGUUAAUUUGUGUAAAAGUUGCGGCAUGUUCCCAACCAAAAUUAACAAAAAAAAAAAAUAAUAAUAAAUAACAAGAACUUAACAAAAUAAAAAAAACAAACCACCCGCAACUCGUCGCACUGAGCUUUUCAACUUUUGAGAACUUGUCAAAAAAAAAAAAAAAUAAACAAAAGGAAAAUGGAAAAAAGAAAACAAACAAAGAAAACAAAAGAUAUAUAGAAACGCAUUUCAUAUAACACUUUUUCUACGAGUACUGGUUGAUAUAUACACAUACACACACACACACACAUCUUUAUAUAUAUAUAUAUAUAAAUAUCUACACAGAAUUUCUUUAUAAAGGAACAUGCUGCCAGCGAAAACCAAAAUAAGAAACAUUUCAUUUAAAUAUUCAUUGGAGAUCUGAAUGUUUUUUACAGCAAAAACAAAAAUAAAAUAUAAACAAAACAUAAACAUAUUAUAUAUAAACUUAAGAUACCAUACACACACACACACACACGCAUGCUGAGUUAAAAAAAAAAAAUAUCAACAAAUAGUCUAAACUAUAAUUUGUUUGUGUUGAACGAAAGCGAGCGGGCAACAGAUAAUUGUUUAAAUAUAUUUAGUUAAUUAUUGUUUCAAAAAUCGCAUUGAAGUCAAAUCGAAAAAGAAACACAACAUUUUUAAUUGAUUAAAAAGCAACUGAAAGUCGUGCGUUUACAAUAUGUUUGUCAUUUAUUGUUUGAUAACAAAUAUUUGCCUAGCCUUACCCUUAACUGUUAUACAAACAUAGCACACCAUAUAUAUUUUAACUGUUAUACUCUGUUAAACACACGCCGCAUAACCAAAUGGCAUUUUUCUAACAACUGCCACCAAAACACACACAAAAAAACAAAACAAAACAAAACAAGAAAUUGUAAAUUAAUUUAAAAAGAAAAGAAAACAAAUUAAUUUAACUAAGGCUUGAGCGCAGCGCGUCCUGUGUGCAGUUGUAUUUGUGUACUUUGCAUACACACACACUACACACACACACACACACUACACACACAGCUGCAGCUGGCUCAAGCGCUAGGGAUUCGUUUGUUUUUAGGCGGUUUGCGCAGUGUGCAAGCCACGCCCCCGCGCCAGAGAGCGCGUGCGAGUGUACCCGCCGGCGGGUUAGACUAAAGAGAGCGAAGCAAGCUAACAAAAGCUAAAUGCUAUGAAAUUGCAAAAUGAGAGCCGUAACGAGAGCGAGAGAGCGCAUACAAUUUAAAAUAAAAAAUAUUAUCAAUGUAAAAUCGUAUGUACUAUAAAGAGAAAAAACAAACAAAAACAAGAAAACAAUACAAAAAAAAAAAAGCUAACAACAAACGAGCAAAAACAAAAAGCAGUAAUAAAUACAUUUACAUAGAUGUUGCAAAAACAAUGCGAUAUUUGAGGGGGUUGUAAGUGGGGGUUUGCCCCUUUUGUAAACAGCCUUUUUCCCCCCAUAUUAUAUAAUCUAAAUGUAAAUAAUCUUGAAAUGUCUUUGUUGAACGACUUUACCGCUUGCUCCUAUAUAUAAUAUUCGAUAUUGGAAUCAUAGUUUAAGAUUUUGUUCACAUCUUCGUAGCAGGCCGAGACUUGUAUCCUAUGAGAUUUCUAUUAACCUGAUGAUAGCUGUAAAACGGAGACAAGGUUGCAUGGAACAUCCAGACAUGGCUAUACCGACUACCGACUGUUGAUUCUGAUGACGUGUCGUGACAAAAGUAUGAUACCCUAUUCAAGGGUAUACAGAUUUCACUUAAAUAUUUGUUGUAACGAGAACCCAAGCAGCCCUCUGUUCUAAUGUUGCUGGACGCCAUCAUUUGGUUACCCACACUAUUCACCUACAUUGUGUUCCUGCUCAUACUGAUCAUACUGUUCUUCAUCGUGGCCUAUGUCAGCCAUAAGAUCUACAUAUCCAUCUAUGAUAAUCUGCCGUUGCCGGCAGCGCCUGGCUCCCGAUCCUCGGUGGCAUUGCGUGAAUAUUCCCGUGACUUCUCGCGCCUGGAACAUGUUGGCGCUCAGUUGAGCUCGCGCUCCGUGUGGAUACAUAAUCGUUCAACAAUCUUCGAGUCGCCGGUGGUGCGCAUCACAUUGACUCUGGAGCCGUGCUUUCUGAUCAGCGUCGCGCUGGACAUCUACUCGGAUCCGAACCAACGCGCGAUCAGCUGCUUGUGCAAUUGUAACGACAGCGACACCAAGUGCACCAUGAUGGCCGACCAGGCGGUGAGCAAUGUCCGUGUGCUCAAGUACUACGAUGAUCUGGCCAGUGUGCCGCGGCUCAAGGUGCUGCUGCGCUGCAAUGAGCGCAAGAAUAUGCGGCUUGUGCUGGACGAUGUCAUCAAGGAUGUCAUGGAGGCACGCUGCUCGGAAAAUGCGUCCGCUUGCCCCACGCCCAGAUAAAGGCGACCAACGGCGGGGCACAGAGAAAGAGAGUGUCAGAGAGAGUGAGGGCGAGAGAGAGAGAGAGAGAGACAGAUGGACAGCUGCACAGUGGUUCGCAUGUACUUAUAAUUGGGACUUUAUUUUUGUAGAACUGGUUUUCUCUAUAUAUUCUUUGUGUUGUUGUAAAUGAAAAA